GCGAAGGACGCGGAGGUCAGCGCAGCCCCCCUCCCUCCCUCCCUCCCUCCCUCCCUCCACCCACCCACGUGCCGGCUCCGCGGCGCUCACCCGCACGGCCGCGCCCCGCACACGCUGGCACAGCCGCAGCAUGGUCGUGGCGGCGGCGGAGAAGCCUGGCGACGCCCGGCCAACCGACGCCUCUCGCUGCGCAUGCGUCACAGCCACUCUGGGACGGCGGGCACGGCGAAAACGCCGGCCAAUCCGCAGGGAGAAGGGCGGCGCGAGGGCCGAUGGGAAAAGAGCCGGCUCCCCGGGUAUAGUGCGCCUGCGUGGAAAGAAAGGCCGUCGCAGUUGACAUCGUCGUUUGCUCUGUUUUGUCCUCCCUCCCCUGCCGUAGCGCUGCGGACCAGAGGGAAGCCGCAAGAUGGCGGCCUGGGCGUUGAGGCGCGCCGCGACGGCACUUGCAGAAUCUACCCUAUUUCUGGGCUGUCUACACUUUGUAUCAAGUCGGGGCAGCUGCUGACAACCUCUACUAAAAAACUACUUCCAUCUAUUGGCAGUGUUCCUUGUGGACAUCAAGUCUCAAUUUUGAACAGCAUUACACCCCUGGUACCAAGUGUCCUUCAUCAGCAAGUAAGGACUCUUAUCAAGUUCAGCUUACGAAAAGGAAAAAGGAAAACUGUAAAAGCCGUGGUUCAUAGGUUUCUCCGUUUGCACUGUGGCCUUUGGCUGAGAAGAAGGGCUGGUUAUAAGAAGAGGCUGUGGAAAAAAAAUGCUAGGCGGAGAAAGCGUUUGAGGGAACAAGUGUUUUGCAAUAAAACCCAAUCCAGGCUCCUUGAUAAAAUGACCACUUCCUUUUGGAGGAGAAGAAACUGGUAUGCCAAUGAUCCCUUCCUGAAGUACCACGACCGUACAAAUCUUCGAUUGUAAACUGUCGAAUAUACAUCAAUUCAUGCAGCAUGUGAUGUUCAUAUGUUAAUCCAAAAGUAAUUCGUAUUGAUCACUUGUCCUUACAAUCAGAUAUAUUCCAUUAAAAUACUGGGGAAAAACCCAA